AUGCCGUCGAGCGCAGGCUACAGCUUCAGCGGCAGUGGCAGCGGCGGCGGCGGCAGCGCGCCCCUCUCGCCCCCCCUGGGCAGCGCCGCCGCUCGAUUUCAGUCCCUCUCGUCGUCGUCGUCGUCGCAGCAGCAGGACACCGAAGUCGCCUUUGCAGAGCUGCAGCUCCUCUCGCAGAACCAGCGCAAGCUCGCCUCCCUCACAACCCGCAUGACGACCAUCCUCACCGGCUUCGACAAGCGCCUCAUCCGCCUCGAGGGCAGCAUCCUCCCCAUCCACAAGAGCACACAGAAGCUGGCUCGCAUGUCCGACAACAUCGACCUCACACUCGCAGCCCUCAACAAGACACUCGGCCACUACGACGUCCUCAUCGACGAGCAGCCCAUCAUCAAGGCCGGCCCAGACGUCCGCGACACCACCCCCUACAUGGAGACCAUCGACCGCGUCCUAAAGGGCCUCGACUACCUCCGCCGCUCCGACCUAAAGAGCCAGGAGGGCGUCAUGAAGCGCAUGAACGACCUCGUAGAGACGGGCGCCCGCAACCUCGUAGAUGUCGUACGCGACUGGGUCAACGCCGACUCGGAACCCAUCGACCUCUCCGAAUACAGCCCGCGCAACGCCAGCUACCCCGUCCUCUCGGGCCCCACCCAGGAGGCCAUCGUCCCCAUCUUCCACUACCUCGCCACCCUCCACGACCACCCGAGGACCGGAUACUCGCCUCUCCCCGCUUCUCUCUCGACCUACGCCAACGUCCGCUCCGCCUACCUCGACCGCUGCCUCUCGCCCAUGGCGCAGCGCAUCUACACGUACGCCGUCGAAAAGAUCGGCACCACCGCCUCGAGCGCCGGCAUGGUCAUGGUCAACCACGACGACGACGACGACGCCGCCGGCACCUACCGCAGGGGCGACGCCGACCCCGCUGGCACCGUCAGCGCCUACUGCGGCAUGCUCGAAAACGACUACCGCAUCCUCCAGAGCCUCCUCUCCGACGCCGGCCUGCAGAAAGAGGCGCUCCUCUCGAUUGCCACCUUUUCCCACCUCGCAUCGGCGCCGCUGCGCACGCUCGUCGAGAACCUCGGCUCGGUCCACUCGCACGUCCGCCGUCACCUCUCGACCCACACCUUCUUCCUCUUUGACCUCAUCGGCGGCCUCUCGACGGCCAUCCUCUCGGGCCGCUGGGACGCCCUGGUGCGCCAGAUGGACGACCCCUCGGGCGGCAUGCUGCGCUCCGCCUACACCAUCAACAAGUCCGACCUCGACGUGGGCGCCGGCGUCGCUGCCGCCAACGAGGUCCUCGACCUGUACAACAAGUUCAAAAACAUGGCCAUGGGCGUCUUUCCGCGCUUCGUCGAGGACAUCAAGGCCAUCCCGCAGAGGAGGGCUGCAGAGGUGCCCAGCACCUCGGUCAACGAGAUCACGUACAUGGCCCUCCAAUUUGUCCGCCAGAUUGUCGAGUACAGCGACGUGGUCGGUCCGCUGCUGCAGACGCUCGGUCCGGGGUCCUGGAUGAUGUCGAGCAGCGCCGCACCCGUCCUCUCGCUCGGCCUCGACGACGACCCGUCGAAGCGCACCAUCGUGGGCGAGUACCUCAACGACGUGCUGGCCGUGACGCUAGGCGCCCUCGAGACGCGGUCCAAGGCGAUCCGGCAGCCGUCGACGGCGUCCAUCUUCCUGCUCAACAACAUCGGCCACCUGUCGCGGUCGAUGCGCGCGCCGCUGCCGUCGCACUUUGGCGGCGACGACGACGGCGGGCGCGGACCCUCGAUCCUCUCGCUGCACCUGGGCCAGAUGGGCGAGGACCUGCUGCUGAGCGCGACGCGGCAGGCCAACACGGCGUACCUGGACGCUUGGUCUCCGGUCGUGUCGACGCUGAUGGAGGACCAGCCGCUGGCGGGCGCCCAGUCGCAGUACCACCGCCACGCCACGACCAAGCUCAUGGGCGUCGGCGGCGCCUCGGAAAAGAACCAGGUCAAGGACCGCUUCGCCAAGUUCUACGAGGGGCUCGACGACCUCGAGCGCCUCCACCGCGCAUACCCCUUCAGCCGCGAGGACCAGGAGCUCAAGGAGCGGCUGCGCAGGGACGUCGAGCGCAUGGUGUGCCCCAUGUACGCCAAGUUUAUGGCCAAGCACCGCGCCGGCGACUUUACAAAGAACCCCAGCAAGCACAUCCGCAUGAGCGAGGCCGAGGUCGAGGACAAGGUCCGCAGGAUGUUCGAGUGA